GAGCAGCCGCAGGAGUGCACGGCCCUGUGUGUUUUUAUUUGUUUUUAUUUUAUUUGUUUCUUUACCUCGUGGGUGACGGGCGCCCAUCCGUCGUCCGUGAGUCACUGCGCUGCCAGCUUGCUUUGCUAUAGGACUAGGUUAGAUGACCCCAGGCCGACCUGCCUCUUGGGGAGCCGAGGCGCGUGGGCUCCGCAUUGGGCUUCUAUCUGUCUCUCUGCCGCUGCCAUCUGUCCUCUUUUUCUGCUUUGUUUUGUUUUUCUCUUCCUUUCGCCCCCCCUCGCCCUCUCCUGGGUCAUGCUGGUGCCCAGUGGUCUGCUGUCCAUCCCCCACACCAGCAUCAACGCCGACUGGCUCGCUCGGGGUGGGAAGGGAGGAUGAUGAAAACAAACAAAGGAGGGAUAUCAUGGAUACUCAUGGCGCCCCGUCCAUGAUGCCCUGGCCUGGGUGGCGACAUGCAAGGCCACAUAUCUCUUCCCCCAUUUCGUGAUGUCGGUUCUGCAGCCUCGAAAUCAGGGAUCACCCCCUCCCAUUCUAUCCUCGCGCGCCUCGCUCCUCCACCUCUAGGAAGCCCCACGAAACGAACACUGCGGCAUUUUCGGUGGCAUCUGCUGCUGCUGCGCUACGUUACAAAGCUCUUCCCAGACAGCCGCCGCGGGCACAGGUCAUGCAUGCGCAGCAGCAGCAGCAGCAGCAGCAGCAGCAACAUGCAAUUCUCUAGGCCCGCAUGGGCGAUGAUGGUGCCGACAUAUGCGGGGCCGGCAGAGGUCGUCACUGCCCGGGCGUGUUUCCGGCAGGGGAUCUCCGGGCACCAGCAGACAGCGCAAAAUAAUAAGGACAGCUUCGUCAUCGAGCAGCAUGAUGGCGAGUCGCUUCGCUCGGGCUCUCUCUCGUGCCCAACUAUACCCGGGGGCGUGUGGAUGGACUCACUCACUCCUCCCCAUGACACCGUCGGGCCUCUACGCCACUGGCGGGUAGACGGUCAGCCGGGCCAACCAGUCAGUUCCGUCCCCGCACCGCCCUCUCAGAGGAAGGUCGCGAGAGGGAGGGCGGUGGGUUGUGGUGAGGGGAGAAGGAGGGGAGGAGAUGGGAGGAUCUUGGGCAGCACCACCGCCGCCGCUCAGGGAGAGGGGGGGCGGGCGCUGCUGCGGGCAUUAUCCAUUGGUUUACGUGGGCGACGGCCUCUGAGUUUUCAGGAGGCUAAGGUUGCUGCCCAGAAAGCACCGAGGAAGCACCUAGGCAACGAGGAGUGUCUCGAAAAGGACAAUCGUGAGAGCAUGGUCAACAAUUGCAUGGAACUAGAACAGCAGGUGAAGGUCACCCUUCCGCUGUUCGCUGUCACCGAUACAGAGCAGUACCUUCUGACCGCCACCACCUCUCAUCGAAAUACCACUGUCAGCCAUGGGAAACGGGCAAAACUGAUGUAA